AUGGCGGCUUCAUUAGCUCUCACAGAAGCGCAGGCUGAGCUGAUCAGCUCCCUGUCGCAAGACGACAUCCCCGCCAAGCUGCGCUGCGCCAUCUGCAGUAGUCUCGCCGUCAACGCGUUCCGCCUGCCCUGCUGCGAGCAAGCCAUCUGCGAGGGCUGCCAGGCCACGCUGCCCGCCUCGUGUCCCGUGUGUGAGCACGCCCCGCUCUCGGCCGACGACUGCAAGCCGCAUAAAGCGCUGCGCACGACGAUUCGGGUGUUUUUGCGGACGGAGGAGAAGAAGCGCGAGUCGAGCCGGCCGAAGGAAGUAGCAGCAGGAGGAGGAGGGGGUGUUUCUGGGAGUGCUCCGAUUACGCCUGUGGAGCCGAGUCCUGUGUCGGCGGUUGCGCCGGCGGGGUUUCCUGCUGAACUCGCUCCGGUUGUUGCGGCUGCUGAAGAGGGGGUUGGGGCUGGCGAGGCGAAUGGGGGUGCUACUGGGACGGAGACACAGGAUGUGAGCGUGGAGGCUCGUUGGGAGGAUCAGGGAGGCAGAGGUUUUGGCGUUGAAGAGGAUCAGCGUGUUACGGCUGGGAAGACUGCUGAUGAUACGGAACAACCCGAGAACGGGCCUGCGGACGGCGAAGGCGAAGUGAAUACCUCGACCGAACUGGUCCCUGCCCAACAGGGCUCCGAGGUUGUCCAAGGUGGCAACGACGGAGAGGCCGGGCAAGACGACGAGAAUGGCGUGACAGAAGUCAACCCCGAAGGGCCCGGCCCUGUUCAAACUGAAGGCGGUGCAAGCGGCACAUUUUCGGCAGCUGGUGGAUUCACUCCUGGAUUCGACCAGAUACAGAUGAUGAUGGCCAUGCAAAAUGGAUUUGGCAAUUUUCCUAUGAUGGGCAUGCCAGGCAUGAACAUGGACCCGAUGUCGAUGCAGAUGUACAUGAAUGGAGGGUUUCAAGGCAUGGGCAUGAACGGCAUGAACAUGAAUAUGGGCAUGGGUGGCUACGGGGGCGAAACCGAUAACUGGAACGGGCAGCAGCAAUCAUGGAAUGUCGGCCCAGAUAAUUUCAAUCAUCCAAGCGCUUCUGGCAUGGGCAAUGGUGAUUAUGGCUCGUUUAACUCUGGCUUCCAGACAGGAUACAAUCAAGGUAAUUAUGGCCACCAAAACCAGUUCAAUGACUAUCGCCGGAAUCAGUACGGGUUCCGCGGCGGUAGAGGACGAGGUCGUGGUUACGGAUACGGCUAUGGCCGUGGAGGAGGAUACCAGCAGGGAUACGGCGGCCACAACAACUGGCAUGACCAAAGCUAUGAUGGGCAACAACAGUACCAAAACGGCAACGGCCAGAUGGAUCAGCAAACCGGCGGAGACGCCAGUGCCAGUGCCGCGGGUGAGAAUGUUGACGAGUUCGGACGUGCCCUCCGGGAUGAUACAGCACAGGAGACAGGUGAUGCCGGUGCUGGCGGUGAGCAAGGACAGGGCGAAGAAGGACAAGGCGCCCUAGAUCCUGCAGCCCAGCAGGGCCUAAACGAAGGCUUUGAAGUUGGAGAAGGUGGCCCUGUGCAACCAAACCCGGACAUACCCAUAAAUGCGCCCAAGGGCCCCAAAGCCAUGAUGCAGGGUCUCCCCAACACGAGUUACAAACAUCUGCAAGCGAGGGGAUGGGUGGAUGAGCAUAACAAGCCGCCCACGCCUACCAGUGUCGCUGGAACAGGGUUCGACCGCGGCCGCUCGCGGAGCAGCUCCCUCCAUGGAUCUCACCGUGACCGACAUCACAGCGAGCGGUACCGAGACGGGAGCAGGGACCGUGCCCACGGCGGCCGGGACCGACACCGUGAGCGGACCCGUGAUCGGGAUAGGGAGCAUUCCGGAAGUCGGAGUCGCAGUCGUAGCCCCGGCCGGAAGGAACACCGACGUAGUCGACGCCAGCGGUCGUACUCUCGCGGCGCGGAAGAGGAAGGGGCCGAAGACGGUGAGGAGCGCCGUCAUCACCGCUCAUCUCAUCGCAGGAAGCACUCGUCAUACGUUGAUGAAGACCGCGAAUCCAAGUCGCGCAAGGACGAGGAGCAGCCGCAGCAACCACUGGACGAGCGAUCACGAUCGGCGUCACCACCUGCCGAUGAUUCCCGGCGUAGUCACCGCAGUAGCCGCAAGGACCGCGAUCCGGAGAAGCGCCGAGAGAGGGAUAGAGACCGGGAUAGAGAUCGCGAUAGGGAUCGUGAGAAGGACCGGGAUAAGGACCGGGACGAGCACCGGCGUAAGUCGCAUCGCUCACACCGGGACAAGGAUAGGGAUAGGGAAAGGGAUAAGGAUAGAGACCGGGAGCGGGAGCGGGACAAGGACCGUGAUAGGACGCGUGACCGGGAUCGUGACCGCGACCGUGACCGUCAUCGGGAAAGGGACCGAGACCGCGAUAGGGACCGGGAUAGGGACAGGGACAGGAAGGAGCGCCAUCGUGAUCGGGACAGAGAGCGGGAUCGGGAUAGCCGUCGGGACCGUGAUAAGGAUCGUGACCGGCACCACCGCAGCAGCAAAGCCGAUUCCAACUCAGACCCGUCUGCGGCACCUGCAGAAGGCGGCGAUGCUAGUGCUGAGCAACCCGGUGCCGACAUGGGCCUCGAAAUCCGGGGCUCUGCGCCUGCGGUGACUAGCCAAGGACUUGAUAAUACCAACACCAGCAGCCGGCGAUCCUCCUCAUUUGCCGCACCAACCGCCUCCUCUAACAACAACAUCAACCACAACCACAGCCAUAACCACCACUCCUCAUCUACACCCGCGCCUGCCGUCGAUGCGCACGCCGCCGAGCGCGCAGCGCGCGAUAGAGAGCGCCUCCUACGCGAGACACGACGUAUGGCUAGCCUAACCGGGUUUGCGGGUGCGGCGGCAGCAGCAGCGGGGAUCAAGAGGGCACGGGAUCGGGAAGACGGUACUGGUGGUGGUUACAGAGGGGAUGAUGAUAAGGAUAGAGAUAGGGGGGACAGAGAUAGAGAUAGGGAGAAGGAUAGGGAAAGGAGGAAGAAUAGUCGACGGAAAGGGAGAAGGGGAGAGGUGAUUGUUGAUCUGGCGACUACUGGGGAAGGGAAGGGAGAUGAUGAUUAA